UCCAAAAGAGCACAAAGUAAAAGCCUCUGCCUGCAGAGGGAAGAAGAAGAGGAAGAAGAAGAAGGGAAAAUGGCUUCUCAAGAAUCAGAAGGCAGAGAGCAAGCAGUUGCCGUUGAAGUUCUAGACAACAGCAUUGGCCAACCUGCCUGCAAGAAAGGUGGAUGGAGCACCGUGCCUUUUAUCAUCGGAAGCGCGUUGGCUUCAACCGUAGCAAUCUAUGGAGUGACAACAGAUCUCAUGCAGUUCCUGGAUCACCGGUUCAGCAUCAAGAGCAUUAAAGCGUCGCAAAUCACCAACAUAAUCAACUCUCUCAUGAACUUGACGCCGGUGGCCGGCGCGCUCCUGUGCGAUUCCUACCUGGGCUGCUUCCUCACCAUCUCCAUCUUCACAUUCAUCUCUUUCUUGGGGACGCUGAUGAUAACAUUGGUGUCAGUAGUUCCAUCCUUGGCUCCGCCUUCCUGUGACCAUGCACUGGGCUCAUGCCAGCCUCCCUCCAUGACUCAGUUUGCGCUGCUGUGCUUAGCCUUUGCAGUGGUCACACUCGGUGCGGCCGGGACAAGUUUUACCUUCGUCACGGUUGGUGCGAACCAGUUUGACAAGGGCAAGGACCAAGAAGUGUUUGUUAAUUGGUUCUUCUUUACGACUACGCUUGCGAUGCUCGUCUCGUUCACUGUGGUCGUCUACGUCCUGGACAAUGUGGGCUGGGGCUGGGGAUAUGGUACCUGUGCGGUGCUGAAUGCCAUCAGCUUUGCGCUGUUUGUCAUAGGCAAAUGGCGCUAUCGAGACGUGAGACCAAGGGGAAGCCCUUUGGCUAGCUUGGCUCGCGUGGUGGUAAGCACGGCUCGCAAGGUUAACCUAGAACUGUCCAAGAACGACGAGGUCUAUUACCGUGGACUUGGUGCACAGGCACAGCCAUUAGUACCGACUUCCAGUUUCAGAUUCAUCAACAAAGCAGCUCUCGUAACAAAGGGCGACACUGAUUCGGACGGCUCAAUCGCAAAGCCAUGGAGGCUAUGCACCAUUGAAGAGGUUGAGGAUCUCAAGACUCUGCUCAAGCUGCUUCCUCUAUGGUCUACCGGAAUCUUUCUCACCACAGCUACCGGAAUUCAAACUAAUCUCAACAUUCUGCAGUCCCUCACCAUGGACCGCAGCCUCAAUCGGCACUUCAAGAUCCCGGCUGCUUCCUUCCAGGUCUUUGUAUUCAUCAGCAUGGCUCUCUUUCUACCGAUCAUUGACCGAUUCUUUUACCCGGUUUGGCGGACAUUGACUCGCCAGUCCCCGACAAUUCUUCACCGGAUUGGAGCAGGCCAUAUAGUAAAUGCUGUUGGCUUGGCUGCCAUGGCAUAUGUUGAGUCAAGAAGGCUCAAAAUGGUGCACUCUCAUGGGCUCCAGAGCCGGCCUGACCUUAUGGUGCCAAUGUCAGCCCUAUGGCUAGUACCGCCCCUUGCACUCAUCGGAGCCGGCUCAGCUUUCUACAUUCCGGGCCAAGUGAGUCUGUACUACCAAGAAUUUCCGGCGUCUCUUAAGAACACGGGCACGUCGAUGAUGUCGCUGACGAUGGGGAUCGGAUUUUACUUUAGCACUUUGGUUGUCGAUGUGUUGCAAAAGGCCACAGGAUGGCUGAACGAUGAUAUCAACAAAGGCCGCCUAGACCAUGUGUUCUGGAUGUUGGCCGUGCUAGGGGGGCUCAAUUUUCUUUACUAUAUUGCAUGUGCUAAGUUGUACAAACUUCAAAGCACGAGAUAAUUGACUUUUUGGUCAAUAAAGGAGAUGUUAACUCAAA